AUGGUAGAUACACAGUGUUGCUUGCUCGGUCUGAGGAGAAACUAUGUUGCUUUCUGGGUCUCGGGGCUCUUGAACAAUUUUUUAUAUGUUGUCAUGAAUGCGGGUGCGAAUAGUAUAAACGAGAGUGGCAUAGGAUUUGUGUACCUUGCCAAUGUUGUGCCGACGCUCUUCGUGAAGGCAACCGGUCCUUAUUGGUUUCAUCUGGUAAGUUACCGCCGUCGUGUCUUAUUCUGCGCUUUGAUGAUGGUUUCGUCUUUGAUGACAGUCGCCUGGAGUGAUACAAGCCAUUUGAAACUUCUUGGGGUAUGUAUGGCUUCGGUAUCUGUUGGAAUCGGAGAAUCCAGCUUUCUUGGCAUGGCAGCUUUCUACGACAAACAACCGUGCAUCAAAAGUUGGUCUAGCGGCACAGGGUUUGCAGGCAUUGCUGGUUACAUGUGGGCGAUUUUGUUUGGUGCCAUCGGUGCGUGCUUUCAAGUGCAGCUAAUGAUGGGGCUUUGGAUUCCCCUUGCUUGGGUCCUCACUUUCGAGUGCCUUCUUGAGCGUCCAUGGAUUGAUACGGUCAGAGAUGACCUUCGAAGAGGACACUCCAUUGCAAACGAUGAGAUCGGGGCUUUGAAAUUCGGGAUUCCGUAUAUGGACGCUGGGGAUGCCCAGACAGUGGCAGCUACGGGUGAGGUCGACAGGCCAAUCACGGAGUAUCUGUCGUUCAGAAGCCGCUUCAUGUUCAUCAUUCGAUUGUGGCCUUACAUGGUGCCUCUGACGACGGUGUUUGCAGCAGAGUAUACGAUCCAGGCAGGCUUCUGGACAGUUAUCGGGUUUCCUGUCACCGACAAGAAGUCCCGACAAGAGUGGUAUCGAAGACCCGAAGACUAUUGGGAACCUGUAAACGCAUUGUUCAGACCAUGA